UCACUGAGGGUCAGCUUGAGCAUGUUGCUGCCGGCAGGGAUGUUAGCUCUGGCUGAUGCACUGGCCACAGUCAGGAGGGUAGAGAAAGUCUUGUUGCUACCAGAAAAGUCAUCACUGAUUAGUCGACCAUCCACCGCAUCACUGAGUGAAGAAAUUGCUAUUAAGUUUAGUAACUAUUUCGCAAGCAGAGAAAAG